CACUGUGAUGGGAAAGUUACUUUGAGAGCACACAUUUUUGUGCAGAGUGGUGUGAGUGUGUGUCCCCGUCAGACCGGAAGCUGCGCUGCCAACAGGUGAUUGGACUCAUCCGGUUCCUCGUUUUCAUUCAAACUGUCACCCUGCGGACAGAGAGACACAAGCUCAAGCCGAGACACGACCACGACACUGGGGCUGAUAACCUCCCGGAGGAUCCGCCUGACGAUGCUGCAGCGCCGGGUGAGAGGCGGCAUCGAUCACCGGGGAUUCUGAACGGUUGAGUUUUGAUCAUCAUCAUCCUGCAGCUGAAGACUCGACUCCGUCUGUUCAUCUCUGAGGAGCGUCGUCGCUCUCUUCUUCUCUCACUCUGUCCGUCCUCUGUCCUCCGUCCGUCCAUCAUGAAUCCGUACAGAGACACACCUCCGUACUCCCCUCCUGACCCCUGCGAGCAUUCCCAUCAUCCUCCUCUGGCGGACACCUCACCGUCUCCUCCUGUGGUCAUCAGGACGGGUCAGAGCUCUCUGGCGGUCCUGAACCAGAACUCUCCUCACCCUCUGGUGUCCUCAGACCACAACCAAGGUCCAAACCAUGUCCCAUCACCAGACCGCUCCUCCUCGCCGCUCCCAGACCCCGGCAUCAGCCUCAGGUCGCGACCCCCGUCCACCAUCGAAUUGUCUCCAGCUCCCGUCCCGAACCCUUAUCCCACCUCCGCCCUGGCCACACCCCCGUCCCGCCAGGUCUCCGUCAUCAUCCCGUCCCCGGACCUGCGCCCGUCUCCUCUCCCGCCUCCGGGCCCCGAGGACGCCGAGCCGGACCUGGAGUGCUCCAUCUGCUUCAGCCAGUUCAACAACAUCUUCCGCUGUCCCAAGAUGCUUCAGUGCAAGCACACCUUCUGCCUGGAGUGCCUGGCGCGCAUCAACGUCAAGUCGGCCGAGCCCGACGCCAUCCAGUGCCCGCUGUGCCGCAGCUUCACGCCGCUGCCCGCCCUCGGCCUGCCCCGCCUCGCCACCAACUCGGACAUGCUGUCGUACCUGCCGGCCGCCAUGCAGCGAGUCUACAGCAUCCGCUUCCUGCGCAGCAAAGGCAAGCUGCAGGUCAAAAGGUCAUCCGAAGGUCGCCAGCGGUGGGGUCAGAGGUCGCUGACGUCCCUGCAGUCGGUGAACCGCUCUCUGGAUGUGGGGCUCCCCAGCCCGCCCGUGGGGGGCCACGCUGAGAGAAGCGGAGUGGGCGGAGCUCUGUUCAGACUGACGGGCCGGCCGGCGUGCCGCGCCUUCCUCCUGACGUCCGUGGUGAUGAUGAUGGUGCUGCUGACGGGCAUCAUCAUCUUCCUCCUCACCUUUCAGAAACGAGGACAGCAGAACAGCAGAGACGGUCCUGCUGUCCAUCAGCUGUCCCGUCUCCACCCUGAGCAGGACAGCCAGGUGAGGUCAAAGGUCAAACUGUCCACACCUGCUGCAACGAUCAGACGUGGCAGAGCGCCGAGCUCACGGACCUUUUAA